GAUGUGCACUGCAGUACAUGGGACAAGACGAGUUCUAUGGAGAGCAGUAUGGACACACUCAGAGCUCCAGUGAGCCUAUAAACCAGCAGUAUUACCCUGAUGGUAAUCAUUCAGAGACUUGACCCUCACACACACAACCACUCCAAAACACAUACACACUUUUCAGACAUCUCAAUCACACACACACAUAUACAUGUCAUCACACUGCUCUGUCUUCAAGUAAUACUGCAGCGCUGAACUCAAUAUAUCAAUCCUCUGGCUUCUUGUCUUGUCUUUAUCUUCAUGUGGGAGUUUAAUGGGAGUCUUUUGUACGGUCAUAAUAUGGAUGGAUUAUGAUUGUUAUGGCAAAGUGCAGAGGUUGGUCCCAGAACUGUUUCCUCCCGGUGUGUCUGUCAAUAGUGUUCCCCUUUGGUGUACCUAAACUUGCAGAUGUCCCUUUUUUUUCAUUGUUCAGGCCAGAGCUCCAACUGAUUGUAGGGGGUUUGUGUGUGCUUUGUUUGUUUGUUUGUGAGUUUGUAUUUGAGUGUCCGAGGCACGGCAAAUAUCUGUUUGUGCUCUUGUCAUCUUAUGGGUGCACACCUAUGUAUGUAUAAGCUUUUUAUGAACUGUGAGAGGACCAAUGACCCACAUUGUUUUUAAUAGAGUGGUUUUGGCAUGUGCUCAUUCCUGCCCCCUCCAGGUCAUGGCGAGUACUCCUACCAACAGUCGUCCUAUGGUGAACAGGGCUAUGAGAGGUCCUUUGACGAAUCCUCACAGCACUACUACGAAGGAGGUAUGUUCCCAAACUACAUCAGGCUCAUGCCUAAUAAGCAUUAAUGUUGUGAUAAUAUUGUAGCUAUGUGCCACACUAGGCCUAAUCUCGGACACCCAGAACUAAAAUAUUGCAGAUGCUUGAUUACUAUUUAUGUUACGUGCAUCUGUCCACGAGGAACUACAGUCGGUCUAAUACAAGUCUGAAGUAAGUCUUGAAGUAGUUACAUUCCUACUUCUGACCCCCAGGCAACUCCCAGUACAGUCAGCAGCAAGCCCAGUACCAGCAUGGCUCAGGCCAGCAGCAGCCCUUCAGCCAACAACAGUACCCCGCACAGCAACAGGGCUACGGUAAGGAACAUACACACAGGUGCGCACUUGCCUAUGUUUUGCUAUGGACAUGUUGAUGCUGAUAGUUGGGAUGGUUGGGAAUUGAACAUUAAAUCAGUAAAUUGGUAUUUUGAGAAGAUGAUUGUUUUACUGUUACAUCUGUCAGUGUGAUUGAAUACUUGGUUGAUUGACUGAUUUGGUCUCCAGAUCCAGGUCAGGAUGCGUCGUACCAGUACCAGCAGGGUCAGGGCCAGCAGGACAGCUCCUCCCGCUCCUACCGCUCCUCCCAGGCUGCCCCUGGGGCACAGACACAGAGGCCCUAUGCCUACCAACAGGUACAGCUACAGCUAACCCCAACCCCACGUUUUGAGGAAGACGGUGCUGUCCAACCAAAUAUUGGGUAAAUUGGGCAACUCACACCGCAAAUUACCACAAUGGCAAUGCCCAUGGGUUGCUUUUAAUCAUGAGAAAGUAUUAAUGAACAAAAGUAUUCCCCAUCUCAUGCUGACCUGAAAUGACUAAAUAUUUGUGUUUUCUUUUCUACCUCCCACUCUCUUAGGGUCAAUAUGGAAACUACCAGCAAUAAGGCACCACCUCCUGGGCAAACUGGUGGA